AUGUCCUCGAGCGUCGACUGGGACUCCAGUGAAAAGUUGCUCGAGCCCGACUUUCGUGCGGUGGCUCGCAGGUUCAACGACCGUUUCAUGCAUCUGAGCUCACCCAAUUCGACCCUCGCAAAAUUUUCUCCAGCUGGUCCGAUGACUGACGGAAUGGUCAUUGUCGAAGGCUUCGCCUGCAAAGACUACAUCCACGACUCCGCCGGUCCUCUUUCCACCUGCAGCAAGACUUGCAAAAUCUGCUCAAGCCAUUUCCGUCCACUGCAGUGGCAGAUCGACGUUCCAGUGUUGCGCUACGCCCGCCAAUAUGACGACCUCGAAGCAGCAAAAGUCAUACAAAGCACAGUCGAUGCCACGAGCCGCGACUUGAGUGAAGCCCGCGCUGCCGUCUCGAAGUAUGGCGAUACUUUGGCAAGUAGAUGGCACAGACGCAACUUCGCCAAGAGAAAUGCCAUCAUUAUUGAUGCGCUACCAACCAUGCUCCGCAAACGAUACGAUCAGGUGCUCACAGAGUCGCUAGCCGGAAAGGACUUGGCGCUUUUCGAGACGAGCUUUUCAAUUCCCUGGUUGAAUGCCGAAGCAAUGGCGGACGAUCCGUCCAACUUCCUCAAUUUGCUUCAUCACCGAACAGAAUCCUCAAACUCCGACUGGAAUCGAUUCGACAGCACCUUUGUGGAACAUGGAUUCACCUCCGGCACUCUUCGAGCAGGUUAUAAUCCGCUCUGCGUAGUCAUGGAGGGGAGCGACUCCGAGAUCGGCAAGCUCGUACCUUGGGAGAAGGCGGCGGCGCAUCGCUCUACCAUUGUCGGUUUCCCUUUAGCAAAAGCGACUCUAGACGCGCGAGCCCUUUUGGCCAGCUUCAUCAUCAGAGUAGUGCGCGCUUUGCUGGGAGGCAAGGUGGAGGACGGUCUCGAGGGCAGUGACAAGUGGAAGGCGCUCGCGUCGAAUGGCUUCAAGGAACUCCAGCCAGUAAAGCUCCGGUCAAUCAGCCGCGCCUCUGGAUUCGGAGCUCCUCCAAUAGAAGUCGUUCCUCUGCUGGAGCGAGCGAUCGAAGCCUUUCAGGACAGACUGAAGGCCGCCGAGAUGACGUGUUGGACAUUCCACACGGAUCCUCUCGCCGUGCGCCAGCUGAUGACUCUCUCCAUGGAGGCGCGAGUCCAUAAGAACAUCGGAGAGAAGUUUUUCCGCAAGGACUUGCUCUGUCUGUUGUUUGAUGCUUGCGCCAGGCCGUUGCAAUGGCGUGCAGUACUACAAGAAGCUCAAGAGGCUCUGAAGCUGUGCGAGGAGAACACGGCAGUAGCUUCUGGCGGUAUGCCAAUCGACUGUGCGCAGGCGCUGCAUUUGGUCGAUAGCAUUGUGCGCCGGGAUUUCGAACGCGAGGAGGAGAAGAUGCGGGUCUUGACCACAAUACUAGGCACGUUCGAUUCGCACUUCACGUUGGAUCCAGUCACAGGGGCGUGGACGAACUCGGUCCAGUCCGACAACGACCAGUUGUACAGCCUUUUGUCCCGUGUGGGCACGCACCGCCGCGUCGAUGCUCCUCUCCCCAGUAGAGCUCUCCACAAUGUUGAGCACUACAUCGAGCAAGCGUCGGGGACAGACCGUGAUCGCCUUCACGAGUUGCUCCUCUCAUGCAUUCGCAAUAUGGCUGUGCUCGACGAGGCCACCAUGGGCAUACGAAUGCUCCAAUCAAGUGCGGGAUCCAAGGAAGACUCCGGGCCAGAUCUCUUGUCUCUAAAAGAGGCCUCUCAGCGACCCAGCUUCGAAUUCGUCCCUUAUUUCUCGUCGUACUACAAGCGCGGAUGGGAAGCGGCGGUGGGUGAUCUCUGGCCUCAACUCAAACAGAUACUGUCCAUCCCCAACAAGUCUACAGGAAAACCCAAUCGCAAGCAUCUCGAGGCGUUUGACAAGCGUCACGCAGCGCUCGACAAUUUCUGGGACGUCGAGGAUAGUGUUCGAGUGCGAGAACUGAAAAAGUUCGGGCCUCUCCCGUCCGAGCCCUGCAUGACCGAUCGUGUGCGCACCGCAAUGGGAUUGACUGGAUACCCAGAGGAAACGGCACGAUUGCGAGCGGAGUUAGAGGCGGAAGUCGAGAAACGAGAAGCCUCCAAGUCCCGACAAUCUUCUACCGUUGCGGUCCUCCCCACUCACCCACCUCGCCCAGUCUCCCCUCCGCACUCAUUUUUUAUCCCGAAAACACCCUCACCAAAAGGCCCAUCCCCGGCGAAAUCGAAGAAGAAGACCCGCCCGACAAUCCCGGCAGUCGCGGCGCCAACUCCUGCACUUCCACCACCUCCGCCUCCAGCUCCACCUCUUCCCAUCUUCCUCAACACCGCCUCUCACGCCCUCCUCACCGAGAUCUUCCUCAAUGCCGGCAAGAAGACCCUCUCCGGCACAAUCCGCUUCCCAGAACUCGUCUCCGCUCUCACGGACGGCGGUCUACAAGCGUCGCAAGGCACAGGAGGAUCGGCGGUGGUGUUCCACAAUAUGAACCCCGAUGGCACGAGAGCAGGAGGCAGGAUGACGGUGCAUAUGCCGCAUCCGAUCAACGUGCUCAAUCCGAUCAUGGCCGGAGACGUGGCCAAGAAGUUGAGGGAUCGGUUUGGGUGGAAUGUGGACAGGUUUAUGGUAAGAGAGAGGGGUGGAGGUGCUGGGGAGGCGUUGCAUGGGAGAGGAUGGGUGGGUUGA